CUGCACUAGAAUCAAAUUAUCGAGGGCUUUGUUUAGUCUGACUACGUGUAGUUCUGCAGAAGCAGAACAUAUCUUCCCUAUUUCUCUCUCUCAUAAUUCCAUCCUCUACCCCGAAAGGAAGGAUCACACCAAAAUGUCCUCCAUAACCAUCGCAACCCUCCCCCGCAUCAGCCGCGACGCCCUCUCAGCCCUCCUCCUCUCGACUUCCACGCCUAGUAAACUGGCCAUUAUCGAUGUGCGUGAUUCUGACCACGUCGGCGGCCACAUCAUUUCCUCUACCUGGGUCCCCAGCUCCUCACUAGACUACCGCCUCCCCGAACUAAUCCGCACCCUGGCGGACAAAGAAAAGGUGGUCUUCCACUGCGCGUUGAGCCAGCAGCGCGGGCCGUCUGCUGCGCUGCGGUAUGCCCGCGAGCGCGAGCGCAUCCUCGGCGAGGAGGAGAGUAAGAAGCAGGAGGUGUUUGUCCUCGAGGGUGGGUUCGUGCAGUGGCAGGAGAAGUAUGGGCCUGAUGAGAGGUUGACGCAGGCUUGGGUGGAGGAUAUUUGGAGGGAGUAUUAGAUUUUUAUUCCAGUUAUGGAUAGGAGGUUGGGUUUGGAGGGAUUGAUUGGCUUGGUGGUGAUACCCUUUUUACUUUAUUCAUUUAUUUUCACUGGUUGGGUUGGGUUGGGUAGAU